CAGGUGACCAACACUCCAGUGGACUAACACCGCACCACACCUCAUCUCAUCUCAUCAACAGAGGAACACCAUUUUACAUCUGCCAUUCGCAGCACCUUCACUGGAUUUCCCAUUGACGGAGAGAUAAUUGCAUUGCAUUGCAUUGAAUUACAUUACAUUACUCAUUGUUGUAUUACUUUUAGCAGAUGGUCUUCAUCCAAAGCGACUUGGACAAGACCUAGGCUAUACAAACAAAAUAGACCACUGUAAGUGAUAGCUAGUAGGCUACCUGCCAUCAGUCAGUGCCAAUAGCGAGUAGUAUCAUGCAGUCCGGCAAAGACGACUACUUGAGCGUGGCCACCGCAGCUGAGCAGGGAGGACAGCCGCAGAGGGGCACCUGGAGCAGGAGGAUCGAGUUUGUCCUGGCCUCCAUCGGCUAUGCUGUGGGGCUGUCCAACAUCUGGAGGUUCCCUUACCUGUGCUACAGAAAUGGAGGAGGUGCGUUCUUCAUUCCGUACUUCAUCAUGGUCUUCCUCUGUGCCAUGCCGAUGGUGUAUCUGGAGUUUUCCAUUGGCCAGCUGACCCAGAGAGGGCCUGUGCAGGCAUUCACCCAGCUCUGCCCCCUGCUCAAAGGAGUUGGUCUGGGAACGGUGGUGGUGUCCUUCAUCUUCAUCGGUUACUUCAAUACCUUGAUGAGUUGGAUCCUCUUCUACCUCUUCAGCUCCCUCAGCCCCACUCUGCCCUGGCAGUCAUGCAAUAACACCUGGAACAUCCCAGACACCUGCUCUGUGGCCUACAACAUCAAUGACACGGGAAAGGAGUCAGCCAGCCAGCAGUUUUUCAAGUACAGACUUCUGGAGAUCUCUGAGGGAAUUGAAGACAUGGGAGGUGUUCGGUGGGAGCUGCUGGGCUGCCUGGCUCUCGCCGGGGUUUUGGAAUAUUUAAGCAUCUUCAAAGGAGUGCAGCUCACAGGGAAGGUAGUGUACUUCACUGCGCUGUUCCCCUACACCAUCCUGUCCAUCCUGCUGGUGUUCACGGCCAGACUGCCGGGCUCUGCAGACGGCGUCCUCUUCUUCCUCACGCCCAAGUGGCACAAACUACUGGAGAUCCAGGUUUGGAUUGAUGCACUCUCUCAAAUCUUCUUCUCUAUUGGUGUUGGAUUUGGUGUCAUGGUCUCCAUGUCCAGCUACAACAACCGCAACUACAACAUUCUGAGAGAUUCUGUUAUUGUGGCCUGUGCCAACUCGGCCACCAGUGUGUUUGCUGGUUUCGUGGUGUUCUCAGCCCUGGGGUCCAUGGCCCAUCAGCAGAACCUGACGGUUGAUGCUCUGGCCGUUGGAGGUCCAGGCCUGGCGUUUGUGGUGUAUCCUGAGAUCUUGUCGGCCAUGCCUGUUCCACAGCUAUGGGCUGUCCUCUUCUUCAUCAUGCUGCUCUGCCUGGGACUAGGCAGCCAGUUUUCCCACUUGGAGCUGGUGGGAUCGUGUGUGUUGGAGACUCUGGGCCCAAAGCUGCCUCCAGGCCUGAGGAGGAAGGAGAUUCUGCUCGUUCCCGUCUGCAUAGCUAGCUUCCUGGUGGGCCUUCCCUGUGUCUUCCAGGGCGGGGUCUACAUGUUCCAGCUGAUGGAUCACUACACCACAGUGGUGUCCGUGCUGGUGAUGGCCGUGCUGGAGAUUGCUGCCAUCAGCUGGAUAUUAGGUCUUAGGAGGUUUACCAGCAUGCUCAGCAAGUCUCUGGGGAAAGCUCCAAACAUCUACUUCAAGGUGUGCUGGACGGCCAUCACCCCCUUAAUGGUUGUGGUAAUAUUAGUCACGAGCAUAGUGCAGCACACGCCUCCUCGCUAUGGGAAGACCUAUCAGUUCCCUGAUUGGUCAAAAGCUGUGGGCUGGAUGUUGACUAUGGCCUCUAUAAUCUGCAUCCCCAUUGGAGCAGCUCACGACCUCUACUCCAGGAAGGGCUCACUCAUGGAGCGACUGAGGGCCUCAGUGUCUGCCAGGCUGCUGGUAGACGAUGAUGACACCGCAGGAGCAGGAUGCUCGCAGGAGCAGGAGAUCUGCUUAUCCAGCACAGCAAAACACGCCUGACGUUCCCAUCACAUCAGUGGUUCUCAACCUUUUUUGAAAAAACGCCCCCUUGGUCUCAUCACAAUCCUCCCAACGCCUCCUGACCUCAUCAUAAGCAUGACAACGCUCCCCCCUUAGUAUUACAAGAUUAAAUGGACUAAUGCCCCCCAAUGGCAACUAAGCUCCACCCCUUUCUCAGCUGUAUCCUUCUCAUCAUGUUUUAGUCCUAAGAUAAUAAAUAAAGGCUUUUUAACGCACUUCCUCAUUUUCAUUUGGAGUUGCCUGGAUUUUCCCUUUUUUGUUGAAUUGGACUGACCCCCUUCAUCCAAGAGCACCCAACAAAUAUACUUAAAGAAGAAGAUACUGCAACUUUUUUGAGCUACCAGCCAUUUUGUGUUUUACACCAUGAGACAUGUUGGCUUGUCCACUUUUUGGAGGGCUUGUACAUGACCUUGUUUCGAAUAUGCACAUCCUCCUUGGAAGGAUUUCCCAUUCCAUAUCAGCUCUAGGCUACCAGAUAACCUUCAAGGCCCCUAGACAGAGGGCCCUUCUCAAAACCUAGGACAGUGCACUUCCAAGAGUGUAUCAGCCUAAUUAGUCACACCCAGUGAUUGGAUACUCUUUAUUAGUCAC